CACGGCCAUAUUUUGAUUGGAAGAAGAAGGCACCUCAGUAGUCCUGGCCAAUCUCCCUAGCGGAUAAGCGCCAUCCCGCUUGAGGAGCAACAACAACAACAAGAAGGAACUGGUCGUUCUGCGGUUCACGGGUUCCUUCUACGAUUCAUCAGUUGGCACAACGCAUUUCGUGGUGCAAGAAAUACACAACGAAGAUGAGCUCCAAUGCUGAAAGUGCAGAGCAGCUCGAAACGGUGCUUGACGAAGAGGAGUCUUAUGACUGGCAAGCCCUCCGAGAACACAUCAUGGAAGUUAUAAUGCCCAUCUGCUCGUGCGGCCUGGCCACUGGGAUUGCCCUGGGAGCCGUACUUACGAGCUUGUUCCUGCAAUUUGUGAUCUCACCAAGGACCAUCAAGGAGUUGAUUGGACUCAAGCCAACGACAACCACCCCACGGACGUACUUCGCGUACCCUCCUCCCGCGAACGUGUGCUUCACCAGGGGUUGUAGCAUGAUGUCUCAUUUACUGCAGAGCAUGCUGAGUGAGCACGUAGAACCGUGUGACGACUUCUACGAGUACGUAUGUGGUCGGUACGACGUCCCGGGAAGAGGAAUGUUGAAGGCGUUGCAAGUGGAUGUGGAGAAGGCGGCGCUGGAAUGGGCAGAGGCGAUGGUGAUACCGAAGACAAGACAAACGGCAGAGCAGAAAAUGGUGGCCCUACUGCGAGCUUGCAAAGCUACGCGCACGAAGAACGUCAACGACCCAACCGACCUGCUAAGUUUUAUGGCGCAUCAAAACAUGUCCUUAAGUGGUGCAGAUACUUCGGAUCCCGUCGGCCGCCUCUUCGGAUUAUCUUUGCAUUACGGCUUGCACGUCCUUUUUGAGACUGCGAUACCAUCUACGGGGGAUUUAACACAUUUUGGCGAACUGAUGCUGCGUUUGAAUUACAACCCGCAGUACAUGUCUUGGAUCACCAACCGUUCCAAAGUAGAUGUCAACUACUACAACAAACGGCUGACUGCGUUUGGUGUCGAUACCUCACUGCAGACUGAUAUAGCUUUAGCUGAGACCGUCGUCCACCAUGUUAUGCUGAGUGUGAAAGGAAACUUGAACCGUUGGACGACGUUGACGAUCGCCGGCCUAGGUUCUGUAGAAAUCCCAUCGGCGACAUGGCAUGAAGCUUUCAUGAAGUAUGCAUCGCCAGGAUAUACAUUGAACGACGAUGUCAGGGUAUCAGAAGCUGUUCUGAGCCUUGUACGAGGUGUCUUCCGAAGUUUGUCAAAGGAGCGUUUCAAUCUAUUGGCCCUGUGGGAACUCAUUCGUCAGUUUGGUCCCUAUGUGAACAACGAGCUUAGUGACGACGACGACAACGAUUCAGCCUACUACGCCCGCUGUGAUCAAAUGUUGAGUCAAGUUGCCUCCAUGAGCUUCUACUACUCGUACAGCAUUGUCACUCCUGUCGCCCUUCGGUCAGUGGGAUCCUUAGCAUCUAUCAUUCAAAAUGGCCUUUUAGCGUGGAUUUCGACGUUGACACAUGUACGCAAGCGAGUUUCGUUAGACAGCGUGGCGAAAGUGAACUUUGUGCUUGGCUUCCCAGAAGGUCUCCAAACAAAACAGGACUUGGAAAUGCUUUGGUCGGUCGUGCCUAAUGUUGACGAACGUUUUCUUGGCGCAUGGCUUCGUAUGCGCAAUUCUUGGACGAUAUGGAAGUUUAACCAUCCCAGAGCAGUUCUGUUUUCGCUGAGUGGGAUGGCACUUCCAGUCAGUAGGAAGUUCCACGUUGUCGGCGUGCCAGCGACGCUGCUUCAUAACGUUUUCUUCCGCGACGACUCUCUGGCUGCAGUAAACUACGCUGGCCUGGGACACCUUAUAGCCACUGCUCUGGUUGAGGGCUUCGUGGCUUUCAAAGUCAGCAAGCCAACCUGUCAACAGAGAGAUUGGUUGCUGGGACUGCACGUCGCCCACAAGGCCUACCUGCAACAUUCAGCGGAGCAGGCAAUCCGCUUGCCGGUGUUGAGGCUGUCAUCUCGGAAACUGUUCUUCGUGUCGGCAUGCCUGAAGACGUGUUCCUCGCGCGGCCUAGACGGCACGGAAAAGAACGCAGUCUGUCAUGACCUGGUCAAGAAUAUGCAAUCUUUUGCCGAAACCUUUGAGUGCGCGGCGGACAGUAACAUGAAUCCUAGCAAAAAAUGCAUCCUGUGACGACGACUCAGGGUUGCGUCUGUGUAUUGAACGCAAAGAUGUGUAUUGCUCUGCAUCCAAUUUUCCAAGUUAGAAAUUUUUCGUUGGUAAACAUGCUUGCAUCUUUCAGCAUACUGCAACAUAUAAAUGAAGUUCAAUUAG